CAAUGCACAUUAUUGUCCAACAUAACAGAAGGAACAAACCCUCUGUUAAUAUGCGACUAUGAUAGUGUACCGGUAGGGGAGACCAAAGUCAUUGAUUGCAUCGACCUUCAGUCUCACAACAUCGAUGAACCUUAACGGGAGGGAUUGUGUGUACAGUAAUAAUCAUUGAACACCUUACGCAAUCAAAAGAUGGUCCAGAAAGCUCAGUAUAGCCUUGUUCCAACCAGGCCAUCACGAACGGCAUCCGACGAGACGUAUGAUCUGGAGUUUGUAGACGAAGGCAACAAGGAUGAUCAAUGCCAAAAGAACGCCAAAUCCGACGCACAACCCAACAAUGACGUGGUCAACACAGCGGCUGAUACGACAAAAAAUACAAGGAGAGCUACCGGUAUAACCCAACAAGACAUUCAAAAGGGAGAAGAACUCUUGCGGUUUUUGGCACCUCUUGCUCAAGUCCGAGCAGGCAUCACCAUAUUAGUGUUGCUUGUGGCGCCCCUCUUGCUGGCUGCAGUGGCCAUCAGAGCCAUCAUCCAAUGGACCGACAAUCCGCUCGACAAGUACGAUACUUGGCCUGCAAUAGAAGGUCUUGCAUUACCUCAACGUGUCACUGGGGAGAUUCUUGCAAUGAGUUUUUUCUCCGAACCCAAGACAACGUCUUUGGAAGAAUGCAUUCGCCGUUGCGAUCAAGAAGGGGUGACGAUCCUGAUGGGUCUACACUACGACCGACAACAAUAUGAGGAGCAUGAUCUCUGCCUUUGCUAUUACACCGGUGACCAUCGUGACUUUUGUGUUUGGGAAAAUGUGGCUACUAGGAGUGCCUUUCCUGUGGAAAAGGUAGAGAAAGGAACUGUCUUUUACAAGAAGGACCAAGACCAACAGGCGGUGGAUUUGCCAUUCUGCAGCGAGGACACUUUCCUUUGCAACCAGGACAACGGUGCCACCUGUCUUUUGUACCUGGGACCUGACCGUGGUGAAUACUAAAGAAACCAACAAGAACAAAGUAGCCUCCACCGUCAGAGGUUCGAUGUACCAGUAGCGAUAAUAGGAUUGCGCCAAUACUUUCAUUUUUCAUCCGCCCUUCCGAAUCUAAUGGAAUACCUUUGGG